CCACCGCAGUCCAGAGAAUACUUCAGUUCUCAGCCGGUUUUCCCCCGCCGCAGACCAUUUCAGUUAGCACAUCAGUUUGGACAUCUGUAAACAUCGUUGGUUGCGCACUCGUUGGUGGCUCCUCCCCGUACUGGUUAAAUGUCUCCUCGGCUCGUCACUUCAUUGCAGUCGAAUGCAGUCAUGACAGAGGGGCUGUAGAGUGAAACAACUUCAUUGCAACAAGUAUUUCUGAGUUUUGUCAUCUGUGUUUAAGAGAGCCUCAGUUAUGAAGACCUUACUUGCUGCCUACUCCGGUGUCCUUAAAGGCACCGGCACCAGCCUUCUCUCAGCCCUGCAGGACCUGCCCUCCGCUCCUUGGCCUUCCAGAUCCAAGAUGGAGAAACAUCUACAAGUCAUCUCUGUGUUGCAGUGGGUCCUGUCUUUCCUGGCCCUGGGUGUUGCCUGCACAAUACUGCUCAUGUACAUGUUCUGUACAGACUGCUGGGUCAUCGCUGCCAUGUAUACCGCCUGGCUCAUAUUUGACUGGAACACUCCAAAACGAGGUGGCAGGAGGUCCUCUUGGGUGAGGAACUGGACCAUGUGGACUUACUUCAGAGACUACUUUCCAAUCAGGCUCAUAAAGACCCACGACCUUCUGCCCAGCCGUAACUACGUAUUUGGCUACCAUCCCCACGGCAUUUUCUGUUUUGGUGCCUUCUGUAACUUUGGGACCGAGGCCACCGGUUUCUCCAAGAAGUUCCCAGGCAUAAAGCCCUCCCUGGCCACUCUGGCCGGAAACUUCCGUUUGCCGGUGCUGAGAGACUAUCUGAUGUCUGGAGGCAUCUGCCCAGUGAACAAAAACUCCAUCGACUACCUCCUCUCACGGAAUGGCACUGGAAAUGCAGUGGUCAUCGUAGUCGGGGGAGCGGCUGAGUCGCUGGAGUGCCGGCCGGGCCUCAACACGGUCACGCUGAAGAACCGAAAGGGCUUUGUGAAACUGGCCCUUCAGAAAGGAGCCGACCUGGUGCCGGUGUACUCCUUUGGAGAGAAUGAUGUGUACAAGCAGGUGAUUUUCGAGGAGGGGACCUGGUGGAGGUGGGCUCAGAGGAGACUCCAGAAGCUGCUGGGCUUUGCCCCCUGUCUGUUCCAUGGCUGUGGUCUCUUCUCCUCAGACAGCUGGGGCUUUGUGCCUUACAGCAAGCCCAUCAUCACCAUCGUUGGUGAGCCAGUCACAGUGCCAAAGGUUGAGGAGCCGACCCAAGAUAUGGUGGAUCUGUAUCAUGCCAUGUACAUCCGGUCCCUCUGCACCCUCUUUGACAAGCAUAAGACCCGCUUUGGCCUGAAGGAGACUGACAUGCUGCACAUCCAAUGAGAGGGAUUCUCUGGGACCCUCUGACCUGUGACCUGUGACAGCUGCUUCAGAACCACCUCCUGGCUCUGACACGUUAUUAAACUUGAAUUUGUACACGCUAAUGUUUUUGUAAAAACACUUUCAGCAGC